AUGAGAGCAUCGAGCAGGUGCUGCUGCCGCCGGCUAAAUGGACGCGUCUGUUUGGCCUCAGUUGGCUGGAGCCUCUCUGAUCCGCAUAACUUUGACAAAAAUCUCAAAGGUUCACCUCAACUUGACUCUAUCCAUGGAACAUUCACGACUGCAGACAAUAGGUCUGGGUACCCUAACGAUAUGCAAGUCCCAGCCACUAGUGCCUUCGUGUCUGGAACAUAUGCUAGCAUUCGAAAACUACCGCAUCCAGGAUUCAUGGCCUUAACAGCUGCUGCCAACAGCGGUUUAACAGGUGUAUCGUUCUUCGGUUGCCGCGAAUUUCUUGUUAGCCCGACGCUUAACCGUUUGGCGCCAUGGUCACAAUACGCUCACAGAAGGCAAGAGGCGGGCAGACCACUAUCUCAAGAUCCCUACUCCUCAAAUACACCCGUUUCUCUAUCCGACCUUCGAACGAACCAAUUACUUGAUAGUGCUAUUAGUGGUGCCUCAGUUGUUGGAGUGUUUCAUGCCAUAUCUAGGAAGCCAGGUGUCAUCCCAGUAAUGAUAACUGCUGGAACAGUCUGUACCCUUCUUCAGUAUGGCUUCAACGAACUGAACAUCAUCCGACUGAAUUACAUCUCGAAGUUGAGGGAGGAAAAUAGACCUGCUAUAGCAGACCCUUCUUCGCGGAUUCAAAACAAUUCAGCACCUCUUGAGGGUUCAGUGCACCUUCUGGAGUCCCUGCUAGGUUUUGUUGGAUUCAAACCGAUGCCAGACGAAGAAUAUCUGGAGAAGUUGAAGAAAACACGAGAUUCACAUUUGAGACGGAUAGCAGCACUGGAACAGCAAGUCCGGGAUGAACGAGAAUUUGAGGAAUCGAAUAGACCAUAG